CAAGAAGAAAUCUGCUGUAGUGACAGUACUCUAAGUGUAAGAACUAAGAAUCAGCAAUGAACUUAUGGAAGGUAUUUGCUUUUUUAUCCUUUGUAGUUAUUCCGAAUGUUGGAGCACUACAGUGCGUAGAUUGUAUGUAUCUGGAGGGUAAUGAGACGAGUGCAAUAGCCCUUAUGAACCGAGCUUUACAAGCUGAUCCCCGCUGCAUGGACAGCCCGACCGCUAUAAAUGUGACCAGAAAUUGCAGCGAAGCAUGCAUCCAGUUCCAAGUUACUAUGAUAACUGUAUACAAAUCGGUAAACAAAGCUGUGAACAUGACAAUUCACUUCCGGUCCUGCGCAGUAGAGCUCCUGGUGACCCCCGGAUGCCGGGACAUGUCGAAUGAUGCGCAGAGUUCGUUGUUUCAGGAACUGAGUCACAAGGCUGUUUCGGACGUACAUCAAGUGCUACCUAUAUUUCCGUUUUUCACUAUCGUGGACAUCGAGGGAAAAGAAUGCUUCUGCAAUGACGGUGAUAUGUGUAAUAAAUAUAUGAGUAAUUUGGGCCCACUCCCAACGGCCAUCCCCAGGGAGCGACCUCCGUGGAAUAUCAUAAUUUCUUGUGUUUCCGUGGGCAUCGUAAUCAUAGUUUCAGCAGCAAUAGUUUUUAUCUGGGCGCUACGGAAAGGCAAAAUUCUAAGAGCAAAUCUGGAUGCAAGAUCGAGACAUUUUGAAGGCGAUAAUGUUUUGAAGGAAGGAGACCCCAAAGAUGAAUGGAAAGAAACCGCUGAAAUAAAAGGAUUCUACUUCCAUGCCUUUAUUUCGUACAAUGAGUCCGUACCAGAGGACAGAGCGUUUGUAAAAGGAAGACUUAUACCAGAGUUGGAGCGCCGCGGUUUUAGAAUAUAUAAACCUGACGAAAGGGUCGGGGAGAUUGCAAGACAAAAGGAAGACAUUGGCAUUGCAACCAGCAGUCGAUUCAUCAUGAUCGUUUCGCCGGAGUAUUUUGAUAUGGAUGGCGUGAAUGACCUAUGUGGAAGAGUCAGGAAAAAGCUAAACGACAACAAAAUCAGAAUAAUUCCAAUAAUUUUGAAAAAUUUUGAUCGCAAUUUGAAACUAAAUAAAGACUUUGCGUCUGUAAGAAAACUGAUGAAACAGCCGUGUUUUGAAAAACCCAAUGAAGACGCUAUGGAUAAGUUUUUUAAUGACAUCGCGGACUUCAUGCCAAAACUUGAAAACCAAGCUGAAAGAGCUGGCGGAGACGGUCUGCACCAAGAACAAAUUGAAUUAGAUGUCUAGAUUCAUGGCAACGGGGACGAGCGAUAUUGAUGUAUCUUUGUCUACGUCUGCACCAAACUGGCUGUAUGUGGAACUAAAAAUCGAGGUUGCAUAAAAUCGUGCAGAAAAAUAUUAUAUUACUGCCAUUGACAUAUACAUGUACCACUUAUGUAAGAAGUAUACCUUAUAUAUGUACGUUAUUGGAAUAGAUUUCAAUGAAUAAACAUCAUAUGGUAUGGCGAAA